CCCCCCCCCCCCCCCCUCCCCAUCACUCUUAGUAAGUUAAAAAAUUCUCUGGCGAUGUCGUGUAGACCACACGAUUAGGUACCUAAGAUGCCUACCCCGUGUUUCGACUAGGUACCUUGGUACGCACUUUGGUAAUGCGUAUCUCUGAAGGUAUACAUCGUGACAUUAUCCAUGCCUACCACUAAAAAUAAUGCUCUGAUAUCACUUACCUAGGUUAGGCAGAUAUUUAGGAGGAUUAUUCCCAACCUAACAUAUAAUAACCCCUAAGUUAUCUAACCUUGGUAGCAGUGUUUUUUAUAGGUACCACCGAUUUUCCUAUUCGGUAUGUAUCUGUAGUUAGUUACCUUGGAAGGAUUACACGGCAAUUACUUAUGUGUAGGUAGGUAGGUACCUAGGGAGCGAAUCACAUAAUCAGCGAUGUAUGUAAGCGUGGGGAUCGCCGUAAGAUCUCCGCGUGAGUCAAUGCCGGCCGGCAUCGUGUGGCUGUGCCGGACACGGCUUCCGCAUAGUAUCGGACGCGUAGGUAGGAAAGUCGUAUAUAAAAGCAGCAGAGAUCAGUCGCCUUGGGAAGAGGAGUAAUUGCAUGAAUGUCUUGAAAUUUCAAUUUCCAUCAGAACCCCCCGUUGAUCACGGAUGAGCAACUGAGAGCCACUAGGAAAAUAAUCUUUGUACAAAACAAUGCUCAGGCUAAGCUCCGACGAAACCUUCCACUUCGAGCUCCUAAAGCUGCUCGCGCACGCCUCGUACGGCGGGUCCGACAUCGCUGAGUGUCUCGUCGCCGCGGGCGAGAUCGUGCCGGGAGACUUCGAGUCGUGGUACUUGGCGUGGAACCGGCGCGCGGAACGGGUGUUGUCGCAGAUCCCUACCUUGCAAAACCCGGUAUCGAUCCGUGAUGCGCUCUUCCGCGCGGCCACGUACAGUCGCGCGGCGGAUUUCUACUUGCACGGUAGCGACUGGGACGACCCGCGCAUCGCGGCGCUGUGGAAACGGCAGACGGAGUGCUUUGAUAAGGCGAUUGCGCUCCUAAGUGUUCCGGGGUACAGGGCGCUGGUUAAAGCGGACGGCUUCGAUGUUCCAGUCAUCGUUUUCCCGGCCACCACCGAGGCGGAGGAGGGGAAGCGGCGGCCUACGAUUGUCCUAGGAAACGGGUACGACGGAUCGAUGGAGGAGCUGUGGCACAUGCACGGCGCGGCAGCGGCGGAGCGCGGGUACAACGUCGUGGUGUACGAGGGGCCGGGGCAGCCGAGCGUGCGGCGCGACCAGGGGCUCGGGUUCAUCCACAACUGGGAGGCUGUGGUGUCGCCUGUGCUGGACCAUCUCGCCACGCUGCCGUUCGUGGAUGCGCGCAAGAUCGGGCUCCUGGGGUACAGCAUGGGCGGGCUGCUGGCGGCGCGCGCGGCCGCCUUCGAUCACCGCGUCGCGGCGGUGUUCCAGAUCGACGGGCUGUACGACUUCACGCGCACGCCCAUCUUCACGUCGGACCAGAGCCUCAGCAGCCGGUUCGGCGACGGCAGGGACGAGAAGGAUACGCAAGCUUUGCUUGUGAACCCAAAAGUACCAGCGGGUCUGCGCUGGCUGCUCGGUCAGGGGCUCUGGGCGUUUAAGGUGCGGACGCGGGCGGAGCUGCUGGAGAGGAUGGCCCGUUUUAGCCUAGUGGGCGUGGCGGAGAAGAUCCGGUGCCCGGUGUUCGUGGGCGACGCGGCGGACGACAUGUUUUUCAAGGGCCAGCCGCAGGUCAUGGCUGAGGUGCUGGGGGAGAGGGCUACGGUUGUGACGUUCACUGGUGAGGAUGGGGCGGGGGAGCAUUGCCAUGUGGGGACAUCGAGGUAUAGCAGCCAGGUUAUGUACGAGUGGUUUGAAGAGAAGGUUGUCAAUGCGUAGACACCUACUAGCUUACAUAUAGGUACUCAGGUCUCAUGAUAUAUCGGACUUUACCUAGGAGAAGAGGGGCAUGUUGGAAUAGAGGCAUACUGCAACUGAACUUAGCACCUACCUGGGCACUUACCUAAGGUUAGGUAUGUCGCAGGAAAUCAGAUCUAUAUCAUAUAAAUUUCUUUUGUGCUCCAGUAAGGAGGCUCCUUGGCUUCAAAUAGUAUAAAUACAAGUAAGUGUGUUCACACUUAAGGAUGAAUGAUGAAUGGAAUUAUGGCACAUGGCCGAUGGCCGGGGC